AUGUUCACGCUUUUCCCUCGUCUACCACCAGAAAUUCGCGACCAAAUCUGGUACCACACCCUACCAGAACCCCGCCAAGGUCCAGGAAUAUUCCAAUGGGAGCCAGGCUGCUGGGAUCUAAAAAACCUUACACCAGAAGACUACGAUUGGUCCAAAGACGAUCCUAACAACAUUCGCCUAGAGUUUCGCUACGAUAAGUUAGGAACACCAGUUCAUAUACCCAUCAUGGAUGUCAACCAAGAGGCGCGCCGUGUUGCACUAGCCUGGGCUCGAGAUAACAACAUCAGAAAUCGAUACAGAAACGGCAAAUAUGAGUUCAGCCGUAGGAUGGACAAUAACACAGACACCAUCUAUUUUCCCAACAAUAUGAUAGACGCUGCUGAGAUCGAGGCUGCCGAUCGAGGCGCUGAACCAGAUAUGAUCGAUAGGAAUCAUACCGUGGCUACAUACAUCACAAGCUUGGCAGUGCCAGCAAGAUUUAUUCAAACCGCAGACGAGGCACUAUAUACCUGGGAAUGGCACGAGAAUCUGGAAAAGAUAUACGUUAUUGUUGGAGAACAACCCGACGGAAUGGGUCAAUGGGAGAUUGACACGACGACAGGAGCGAGCAUACUCUGGACGAGGGACACUGGCAAGUUUGUGCCUCAACUAGGAGCGGAUGAGUUUUGCAGUCGGGACCUUCUAAAUACGAUCGUGGAGGAUAAGAUGAAUAUCGGGGCUGCUAUCAUGCGGUGUCAAGGACCGUCGAGAAAGUCGUUUGAGAUUCGUGUAUGCUCAGCCAUAAGAAGAUGA